AUGAAUCUGUACACAGUUGCACACCUGGCCAUUUUUUCUGCCAAGAAAAAUGAAUUACCAUUUGCACUUCUUGAAGUUCUGCCCAGGAAGAAUUUCCCUUCAGCACUGUUCUUCAGGGAUGUUCCAGAAAGGAACAGUAGAGCAAGAGCUUUCCAUUUUAGGUGUAAUACCUGUGUAGGUGUAAAACCAUCUGUAAACCAGAUGAGUCUUUCUUCCUGUCAGCUGAUUGUGGAAAACUUCUCAUGGUGCAAUAGGUACAGGUUGGGAGAAAGAAAGUGCUAUAGCAGGAAUGGGAACCACGGGCAUUUGGGCCACUUCUUCAUGUAA